UGAUCAAAAUAUAGGUCAAUAUGGCGGAUGGAAAUAUGGGCAGUUCUUCCUAGUUGUUUAAUUAUUUUGUUAUUAUAGAAGAAGAUAUGGCCGCUGAAGAAUCAACAUUUGUCAGAAGUUUAUACGACUUACCUACAUUUCAGAGACGUCUGAGGCAUGUCAAAAGUAUAUCUCUGAAAAAUUUGCAGUGUAAAAGUUUUAAAGGAAAGGACAUAACAAGGCUGGAGGUUUACUUUACACUACAUGUAAAUACCAUGUUAAAAGAGUUUUACAGAAGUGAAGUGAUCACUGGAUCCCUGAAUCCGUCCUGGCAAAGUUUUGAUAUCAGCAGAUUUCAAGAGAUUAUUGAUAUACAAGCAAAAUAUUUUUAUUUGCGUGUAUGGGUAAAGGAUGGUAGUUCAUCAGAGACUGUCCCAUAUGUUCUUGUUGACUGGCAUAUCAACUUAUCUGGCCUCAUGUUCUUCUCAGACAAGUUACAGCAAGACAAGUAUAAAAAUAUUCCAAACAUGGUGAUGGUAGGAAUGUUUGACAAGUUCUUUGUUGCUCCAGAGUCAAGUUUACCUCCAGAACUAGACACCUGGCUUGUAGAUCCAUCAACUCCAGUAAGAUGCUCAUAUAACAUCAAUUCAUUAUCCAGAAUUCACACAGUUUUGCGUGCCAUCAGUCAGAUGCAGGUGUCCGUUAAACGUGUUCAUAAUUCCAUAGAGGACAAACUACUCUCAUCACAGGAAAAAUCCAAAAAGUUAGCUGCCAGAGAAGACCUUGACCUGAAAGUAGGUCAUUUGAAGAAUGAGUUAGCAUGGCAAAUGAAUAAACUCCAGCACCAGAAAGAUAUCCUAGACAACUGUAUUAAAGCUAAGGAGGAAAGAAGUAACAUUCUCAAGAAGGAGUUUUAUGAUCUGGAGAAGGAUCGUGGCGGCCACGAGGAGAAGAAGAAGACCUACUAUCAGAUCAGAGAACGCUACAUCAAAGAGAAUUACCAGCUUUUAAUACGCAGAAAACAACUUAUUACUGAAUUAACAACUUACAUAUAUCCUAUCACAGAGAUUAAAGAAGGAAGGUUGUGUAUAUGUAAUGUAUACUUACCUAACUCAGAACAGUUUCAAGGUCACGAUGACACAAAGACUGCUGUUGCCCUUGGUUACACAUGUCACCUAGUGGAGAUGAUGUCACAGAUAUUAGAUUUUCCUCUACGUUAUCCAAUGCAUCAUAACUCUUCUAGGUCCACCAUAACUGACCAUAUACAUUCCAAAUUACAUGACAAAGACAAAAUAUUUCCAUUGUAUGGUAAAGGAAAAGAAAAGUUCCAGUUUAACUAUGGUGUGUUUUUGUUAAAUAAAAAUAUAAGCCAGUUGAGAUUUUAUUGCGGACUUGGGACAACAGAUCUAAGACUGACUUUACCAAAUAUUAAAUCUCUCCUAGAAUCACGACUUGGGAUCAAAUUUGACAGUCAUGAAGUAGGAAAAACCAGACUGGAUUUUAAAGAUAAUUUCAGCAUUCCUUCAGAUGGGAAAACAGAAACUCUCAGUUCUCUAGCCUCUGGUAGUCAAAACAACGCUAAACAUCCAGAGGAGCUGGUUUUAGAGAGAGAACUCUUAAACAACACAAAAGGGCUUGAAAUGGACCCAAAGUCUGCAAACAAAGAAAAUAUUCCAAAUUUAACAGAUAUAAAUGGGGGAAAGAUGGAUCACAUUUUAAGUGAUAAUGAGGAAAUGUUCCAAGCAUCUGAGGAUAAUUUUUUCAAACUUAGACUGACUACCUUCAACAAUGACUCUGGAAAUAACUCAAGCUGCGGCUCAUUUUCUGAACAAACAAACGGUAUGAUGUCAUUUAGUCGUAACUUUAGUUUGUCUCCGUCCCCCGGUAGUGGAGAAAACAAUAUAAGUACAGAAAAUAAUAUAAGUGGGGAAAAUGAUGUGAUGUUAGUGAACCAUUCCACAAUGCAAGGUGCCGAGUCAAGAACCAGUCUUGGGUCAUGUGAUGAACUCUCCUUUGUGGAGGAAACUGUAGAAAACACUCAAGCGCCACCUAGUGGUUCAAUCUGUGAUAAUACUAAUGAAACAAAUAGUGCUGUAUCUUCUGAUGUUACCACUGGAACUCUAGAUGGAGAAAAGAUUAAUGGACAUUCAACAUAACAUAACUCAAAGACCAGUCAUUGGCUGAAUGUGAAACAGUCCUUCCAUUAUCUCUAAAUAUAUACUGUUAAAUCAUUAUUAUUUGUGGGGUGGGGCAUGAAUUUUCAUGGUUUUCGUGGGUAGGUCAAUCCACGAAUUUAAGAUCCGACGAAAUUUUAUCCCAACAAAUACUUCAAAUGAAAAUUCACGAAUUUAAGAACCCACAAAAAUGCCCGUUUUGAUAAAACCAUGAAAUUUCAUGCCCACAAAUAUAUAAGUGAAUUCGCAGUAGUUGCUUUGCUUGUUGAUAAUAUAAGAAGUAAGACCUUUCAUUUGUGCCUAUAUAAAUGAGGUUUCAGUUGUCAACUAUUCUUUAUAUUGCUUUUUGUUUUUCAGAUCGUUAUUUAUUGCUGAUUCCACUGCAUUCAUCUUAAUAAUUUUAGAUAUUUACAAGAUUGAUCUUUCUAGUUCAAAUUUCUAGGAGUGAGAAAGUUUGGGUUCAAGUUAGCUUAUAUUUAAAGGGACCAGAUUUUUUUUUCAUUGUGAAUAGUUUGCAUUUUUAGCUCAUUAUUUUUUUUUAAGAAAAAAUUUGAACUAUUGCUAAAGUCAGGUUGUUGAUGCCGUUGCUGUCCAGAAACUUUAACAGUGGCCAUAAUUUUGUAGUAUCAAAUUAUUGUUUUUCCAUUAUUUUUUUGCAGUAAUGAGCUACAACUUUGUAAUUAAUGAAUGUAUUGUCUUCAAAUUUGUUUACAAUAUUAACAACAAUCCUUGAAACAAUGGAUUUAAUGGAACUUGACAUUGACCUUAAACUGACCUUGACACUUCACGUCAAACUGUUGGUAAUAACUUUAUUUAUUUAUUUAUGGACUAGUUCUAUACUUGGACCAAAAAAACUUAUCACAAAACCUAUAUGUUGAAUAAUCAAAUAUGACCUUUAUCUUCAAUUGACCUUGACUGGCAAGGUCAAAUUAUAGAAAUUUACUUAAAUUUUGACAAAAGAAUACAUAUGAAAAAACUUAUACAUUGAAUUGUUUUUAUAUGACCUUGACCUUUAUUUGACCUUGACAUAUUGAAAUUUGUUUAAAUUAUCAUAACUUUGUUAGUUAUUUAUGCAUUCUUGGACAAGAGAACACAUAUGACAAACUGACAAGAAAUUGACUAUCUAGGUCAAAUAUGAAAUUUGAAUUUUAUUUGUUACCAAAAAAUAAUGUUUUGUAGGAGUACUGUUUACUAUAAUAUUCUUCCACUGAUGUGUUUUAAUUUAGAAAUAAGCAAAAGUCGAACAUGGCCAUUGCAAGCCAGUGGCUCUUAUUUUGAGAUUUUGAUUAAUUUACUUGUUAUUAAAAUCUUUCAUGAUUAAAUACAUUACAAGGCACGCUGUUUACAAUAACAGUGUGUUUGUGAGAAAAUGUACAUUUGAAAUUAUUUCAAGUUACUUCAGUUUCUAUUUUAUUAGUGCUCCUAAGGACUUUUGAUUCCUUUUUUCAGAAAUAAGUGCAAUCAAUAGAAAUAAUGUAGUUUAUGCCUUACUUUCUGAUUAUUUAUGCUUAAUAAGGAUCAAAUGAAAUGUCCAUGAUUCUCUUGGAGAAUUGACAAUCUUAAUAUUUUUUUAUGAAUAAAUUAUUUUUUUGUAUUAGUUUAAUUGCUAUUUAGUAUCAACCAUAAUGAUGUAAUGAAACAACUUCUGUAGGAUAGAACUAAAAACAUUGACUGGUUAAUGAGACACUUCAAUAACGGAAUUUAUACUUGACCUACCUCUAUAUAAGAUUUCUCAUUCUGACUUGUACUUCAAACAGAAUAUCAGUUUUAUAUACAACCAACAGGGUUGUUUCUCUCUUUACUUUUUUAUAAGGUUGGUAAUAAUAUUCAUGUUCAAUUUCACUGUUUGUUUGUUGUUUUGUGUUGUUAAUAUUAAAUGUAGAUAAGACGUCCAUUAGAUAUUAAAGGGUUUUUCACUGAGGUUUUUUGACAUGAUGGGACUGAGAAUAUUUUUUCCAGAUAAAUGUACCAUUUGAUAUAGGUUUUGACCACUUUGUGCAAAAUUUCAGAUCAUUCGCAUACUUCCUUUUUCCAGAAUAAUUAUUCAAAUUGUAAAAAAUUACCCAAAAUGAAAAGCGUUUAAACGCUUUUCACUCAGAUCAGGCUAAGAAAAGCAUAAAAAUACGAUUUUCAAUUUAUUUCAAAAUAUUAGGGAUGGCAACGAGUAACCGGUUAACCGAGUACUCGAUCCAAUGUCCAAAUAUCGGUUAACAAAAUUGAUAUCUUUAGACCGAAGGUCGAGCGAAAUAUCAAUUUUCCAACAUUGAGAGUAGAAAAAUGCAUAGGCUACAACACAAUUUGAAUUAUAAAUGAUUUUCAUUAUACUACACUUCUAUAAGAAAUUUCAGAAAAUUAAAUGUAGCUUUCAAGGAAGAUGGAUGAAUACGUAAUUUUUGCAAAACCGGCCACGCCUUUUAUAAUUUUGGUUUCCGUUUCCAAAUGCUACGUUUAUACACAGCUAAGAUCGGAACCAACGUCAAAAAUAGUCCGGCACUUCCAUAUAUGGUACCGUAUUUGUCACUAACAUAAUACGGAAUUUUCUAUCCGUUGAAGCGUAUUUGCGCUUCAAGUUCAUCCUGUAUUUUAGGGAGAAAAUUUGUAGGUAUAUAAUAAAUGCUGUCAUUGACAUUUCUUAUGUUUAUAUUUAUAUAUGUAUUUCUUGCAGUCCUAUUUAUAGUUACGAAUUCUAUGAAUUAAAAUAGAAAACGAAAGUAGCAUGCAGACGGUGUUGAUAUUGUGUGAUAAAACUUUAAAGAUCAUUGGAAAUCAUCCGAGUAACCGAGUACUCGAUCGGAAAAAUGACCGAGUACUCGAGUAUUGAUUUUGGUAUUCGUUGCCAUCCCUACAAAAUAUAUUUCUUAACUAUCUUUGCAUACAUUUCUGAUUAAAAUGCCCCAGCUCAUUUAUGUAAGAAAUUCAAAUGUUAUGUUUUUAGGCUAUUAAACCUCAGUGGAGUCCCUUUAAUAAUCUAAGGAAAUUGAUGAAAAUCUCAUAGAGAAAUACAAAAUUUUGUUACGGUAUAAAUACACGAAAUGUUCAGAAGUGUUGGUCAGGCUAAAUGAGAAUUUAAUAUCAACCUGUACAACACUUAAUUUGUGUUAUAAUGAUAAUUGUGAUGGAGAUUUGUAUAUCACAUUAGUGGAAUUGAUCAUCUGUAUAGAGUGGUCAGAAUGUUCACAUUUCAUUGUUGGUUUGACUGUACUGGUUUCAUAGAAAUCUGGGAAAUUACCGACCUAGUUUGAUCGGGUCAAAUGACGGCUGCAACAUUUGUAAAAUACACCCCUAGCACGAGUUAUUUAAGCACUACACAAUCAAAUGAUCCCAAAGACUAGAAAAAAUAUAACAAUAAUAAAAUGAAGUUGACUAUACAGGUGUUUUCUACAGAGUUAAUACAUUUAACAGCUGCAUAGAUUUCUUGUUUGACUUUGCUCAUGGUUGCGAAGAUUUGCUUGGCUCUACAGAUCUAUGUCUUGUUUUAGCUUGGCUUUAAAAAGUUGCAUAAACUUUAUUGCAAAGGUGUAUUGUUUGGUUCUCCAGGAGUCACAUUUACUUACCUUAUUUUAAUGUUAUAUUGUUAAAAGUUUUCGCUCUUUUACCCCAGGAUAUUAAAAUUGAUUUCUGUUCAACCAAUUUGUUUAAGAAAUAACACUGUCUCAAUUAAUCUGCUAUUUAACACCAGUUAGAAGUUUUAAUGUGUAGGAUUUCUUUGCCAGAACAAAACAAAGAACUGGUGUUAAAUUGCCAAUAAACAACAUUCUGACCAAUAUCAUAUUGAUUCUAACAAAACAAAAUAAGGGAGAUCACUAAUGCUAUUUUCAAGCAGAGAAUAUUUCUACAGUCUAUUUUUGUUUCUGGUUGUUCUAUUCUGCAUACUACUGUCAUUUCAGUAAUAAAGAAAGUAAUUUAUUUAUAAGAACUGAAUCCUGUUUCAUAUUAAGCAUCAAUAAAAUGUUAAUUUUCAAAAAUUAUAUUAACAAUUUAAAUUUGUUUAUCAGACUUGAUUGUGUAGUGUUUACUAGAUAAUGAAUCUUCAUGCUCACCCAUACAUGUAAGUUUAAAUGACAUCAUUCUGGUGCUUGCUAUGAAUGAGUGACAUACUAGAUGAUGUCAUUACGCUGCUUAUGAAUGAUCUAAGAUUCUUCUGAUGUAAAUUAUACCAACUGAUAUGGAUAAAGAUAUAAUUCAAAAUCUGCCAUGUUACUGUCUGCAAGGUGUACUUCAGCAUUAUACAUGUUUAAAAAAGAAAACAUAAAAGAAACGUAAAAAAGCAGUACAAUUAUUUAUAAUGUUGCAUUUGUUUAUCAAUUUUAUCUGAGGGAGUACAUGUACAAAAGAACAACCAGUGAUUAUUGGCAGUUUAUCACCAGUUAUUAUCUUCUUUGUGACAAAAUCAUCCCGAGUCAUGUAAGAAUUAGAUAUUUGAGAUGCCCUAACACCAAACUGUAUCAUGUGUAUACAGAUACAUGUAGUUAAGCAUAUAGACUACUUUUAGAAAAGUCUUCAAAUAUGCAGUCUAAUGGGGAAGUUCAUGUAGAUACUUUAUGUAAAAUUUUUUGUUCUUUUAAAUGUUAUUAUAGAUUAUAAAUAUGAUUGUUUUAGGAAGAUAGUGCUAUAAAUAUGUUGGGAUCAUGUGCAAUUUGUUAUUGUUUUAAAAUAUGAAUAAACAUGAACAU